AUGAUGAAAUCGAUUGUCUCGUUGGCAGUGGUCGUAUUUUUGGUCAUUCUUGUAAUUCAGUGUUCAUCAUCGUCAUUAGUGGUUCGUAAGCGCUACUAUGACAACUGGGAUGCAAAUAAUGCUGCUGGAAUUGGUGACAACAUUGAAUCUAUUAAAAGCGGCUCUAAUCGUCACAAAGGCUUCAAUAAACAUGAUCCAUGCGAAAAUAAGCCAUUGUGGUUUUUGAAAUCUCAAGCACGUUUGGGCAAAAUAUCUCCAUUCUACGAUUGUCUCAAUGAACAACGUUUCGAAUGA